UUCAGCUGAACAGGUCUGAAAUAUCGGAGGAAAAUGUCGGCCUUAACAGAAGAGCAAAGAGUCCCUACCGCUGACGACCGCGACAAGAGGAAGUGUGACGAUUUCACCAGUCUGUACUCUAUGGACGCCGCGGCAGCCGUUUCCACCCCCCGGUCUCUUCCCGACCCCACAGGCCAUUAUUCGCUUUCAGGGCAGGAGGGUGCCUUCAAGAAGCUCAAACCAGAAAGCAGCUCGCCGGGCAUCUCGCCCCUCUCCUCGUCAUCCACAGGGUCAGGGCCUUCAGGGGGACAUAACCCAUCUGCAGCCACAUGCCCAACUCCCGCGAGACGACGUCACCGAACGACCUUUACCCAGGAGCAGCUAAGGGAACUGGAAACGGCGUUCUCCAAAAGCCACUACCCUGAUAUAUAUUGUAGAGAAGAACUGGCAAGAAUCACCAAGCUAAAUGAGGCAAGAAUUCAGGUGUGGUUCCAGAACCGACGUGCUAAAUAUCGCAAACAGGAGAAACAGCUGGCCAAGUCACUGUCGCCUGUCAUCCCCACGUGCAACGGCAUGAUGCGUAACAUCUACCCCACCAACACCCGCCCCUACGCCUACCCCAGCCCAGCCAACGUCAACAUGAACACCAUGACUCGCUACCCUCAGAUGAACUCCGGGUACUCACCCGCCAUGGCCCAGUUCUCGUCGAUGGGCUCCAUGCCCAGUUCCAACAUGGCGUCCAUGACCAUGCCAAGACAGGUGCAGCAGUUCCCCAUGGCCACAGACUACAACCUCGUCAGCCAGAUGGAAAAUCCUGAAGAGGAUUGGUACAACAAAAGUCUGACAGCUCUGCGCAUGAACAACACACAUCCGGGUGCCCUGUCUAACUCAGUGCUACAGUACCAAGCCCAAGUUUAGUUAGCGGCCAUCUUGAAUUCCCACAGACAAUCAUAACUGACGUUGGUGUUUGUGUAACACGUGCCAAAUACAGUGCGGUAUUGGAUAGUGCUGUUGGGGUAUACCCUUGUCUCACAACCACCGAUACAAUCUUCCAGACAACAACGUAUUGAUGAACCUACCUUUUUCAUCCAGUUCACCCAAGAAUGUAAUGACGAGCAUGAUGCUCUCGAUUCAAAGACGUUUUCAUACAAGUAUCAUUAUACUCAUCCUCGAUAAUACAGGGUAUUAUACCUCAUCCUGUUAAGAUAAAUACCCUGGAUCCAUUCGUCACCUUAGCUUCGUUUCAGAAGUGACGUCUUUUCACUAACGAAGCACAUAGUCUCUUCCGCUCAUGAGUGUAAAGUUAUUGGACGGCUAUUUGCAAAGUUACGCAGGUUAAAUCGGGCACAAAAUGAAGUUAUUGUAGCGAAUAGACCUAGGGUAUUUAUCAUAAAAGAAUGGAGGCAUAAUACGUUGGAUUAUCGAGGAGGCAUUAAACUGUGUUGUUCCUGGUGUACAAGUCCAACCAUGACCUUUACAUUGACCGUGUCCAGAUACUACUGCAACACCCCUUUACCACACCACGCCAGUUGAUAUAGUGCAGCGUUGUGUGUGAACAUAUUUCAAUACUUUACCAAGUAGUGAAGUGAGACGCACUUCGUAUAUUUCCCUUCAAACGGUUUUCCGAUUCCAUUGGUUGAAAGAUCAGCAAACUCUAUCUCUACAUUCAGAAGUGAUAAGAAUUACGUUGUCACCAUUAUUAUAAGACUGUCAUAUUUCAGAAUAUAAAUUUAUGUCCCUUCAAAUGAUUUAUUGGCAGUGGUGAAGCCUAGUGGUUAAGGCGUUCGCACGUCAUACCGAAGGCCCGGGUGCGAUUCCCCACACGCGUGCAUUGUGUGAAGCCCAUUUCUGGUGUCCCGGCAAUGAUAUUGCUGGAAUAUAACUAAAAGCAGUGUAUAAAUGUACUCACUGUCAGUCACUGAAAUUAUUCGGGGGACUGAAGAUCUGGCGGUCGAAGGCGCCAAACGUUGCAUUACAGAUCUGUGUCCAUUAGGGGCGAGGAACCACUUGUCUGGGUUCGAAUCCUAGACUCCCAAAUGUGAUCCUUGGUAUGUCUUCACCACACCACACCGACCUUUGUACCUUUGGGCUCCCCCUCCUCCUCCCCCAUCCCCAUGAUAAUAUAAAUAAAAUGAUAUUCAAAAGUGGCAUCAACUACAAUUCACUUCCAAUAACCCUUUCUGUCACAUAUAGCAUUGUGUUUCGCUUAAACGGGGUUGUGCAAUAUACUCGACAUAUCUGUCUUUUUACAGAUUACUGUAUUAUUUACACGUUAUUGUACCACAUGGUAAACAAUCAGUUUGUAUAUUAAACAUGAAUCUAUAAAUCAGUCACUGACAUUUUAUUGUCAAAUGUACCAUUCAGUAUUUAAUAUUAGCUGUACAUCUUCAAAUGCCACAUUUUCUCUGCUUCAAAUGUUUAAACGAAGUCAGAUCGGUGGAGUACAAUUCAAAGAUCAUAUGUACACACGGAUAUCCCUAAAUUAUAAGUUUACUAUUUAUUUGUUAUUUAUAUUAAUCUGUUUGCAUUAUGAUUAAAUAGUUUAUUUCGUAAUAUAAAUACGACGUAUUGACAAUUGUAUAUAGAAAUGUACUGAAUACCCUUGUAGCGAUAACAGUUGCAUACUUGAAUAACCUUGUCUCUUCGAUCUCAUUAUGCCACACUGUUUUUACUUGCUCUACGGAUCAGCCGACUGUAAAUUUUGUUGAAAUAGAAAAGAAUCAGAAUUUGCUCCCUUUUUAUCCCGCCGAUAAUCUGAAAGCAUAAUGCACCAAAAAGAAUUUUCUAAACAAGGACCCACUGACGUUAAUGUAUUAAACGUGAGUGUCAAAAUAACGUUUGUUGUUCUUGAAAUUGAUAGAAUGGAUAGAUGAACAACAGUAUUCCCGUUGCUUCACAUCAGAGUUGCAGGCUCUUCUCCCACAUUAAACCAUUAUCAUUUUUUUAAUACCAGCUGACCUGUAUUGGAGCAGUAACAAAACAAAAUGAUUUUUUCUGUAAAAAAACUUUAAAGCAAGUAAAAAAGGUGUGACCUUACAUUAAUAACACUGCCACAGUAGACAUACAAUUCAAAUUGUUCGAACAAGAUUCACAUGACCUCCCAACUUGUUCUCUUCUAUUACCAAAACAAACGCACAAUUUUAUUAGUCCAUGAAAAACUAAAAUUGGUCAAAUAUAACCUUUAUGCUUAAAUACAUAAAUGCUAUACAUUUACCCUGAUAUAUAACAGAAGUACUUUAUUGUUUAUACAAACCGUCAGUGUAGUCCUUCACACUGUGAUGCCAACAGAUACAGAAAGGGCUGAUGUUUCUGUGUACAUACCUACAAGAUGUUUCUCCAUGCUAGUCGGUGUUCCUGUCUCCGUGCAUACAUGUCGUGCAUCCUGUCUCAUUAUGUUAUAUGUUCAAGUCUUUCAAUGUUCACAUAGUUUCUACAUUGUAGACGACCAGUACGGUUCUAGUUUUCAAAUGACCACUUUCUCAAUAAAAUGAGGAAACCUACCGUUGCCUUUCUUUGUAUUUUCGUUGAGAUACUCAAGUGAAGAUAACGUUAACAGUACGUUUACGACCACUGCGAGUCAAUACACUCACUGCUCAUUAUAUGCGCGAUGGCAAUAGAGU